AUGACAAUACAUCUGAAAAAACAAAAGAGGUUAAAUCUUACCAGCAUGUCGGGCCGGCGCCGGUGGUGGUUCACGACCGGCAAGUGCGUUUUCUCCCGGAAUCCGAUAACCGAGACAAACCGUGAGCUGGCGGUGGUCGGGGGGAGGGGUCAGUUCCGAUUCGCGAAGGGUUUUGUGCUCGUGAAAACGCACUCGCUCGAUACGAUUAGCGGUGAUGCAGUGCUCGAGUACAAUGCGGAGGUCGUGCAUCAUUGA